CUCAACCAUGUCUCAGUUCUUCUCACAAACGCAUCCCUGUCGGUGGAAGUGGUGUAAUGUCGUGUUCUCAACAAAUGACAGACUUCUUGAUCAUGUUGCACAACACGUUGAGGAGACGAAGCCUUGUGAACUGCAAGAUCUAGCCUUGCUGCUUCGUGCUGAAGAAGGCAUUGGCGAGGGCCUUUCGGGUAGCAGCUACAACGGAUAUUCGCAACCUGAGAAACAGCAAGAAGCCACCCAAUCAUCAGCUUCUAAUGAUUCGUGCCUUCCAUCUCCGCCGGCGACCAGUCCAAGCCAUUCUUCGGAUAUCUCUCCCUUCAUUUCGCGCAUGGAGACACCUUUACAGACACCGACCGACUACAAUCGACCAUCGAAGCGACGCAAAAUUGCAGAGGACUCAAGCUUGAGUUCCUACGAUUCAUUCCUCUUACAUCAUCACGGCAACACUCCCAAGAUAUCAGACAUCGGUCUUGAAGGCGAACACGACGAAGAAAUUGACAAUCCCGCUAUUCCGGAUCUUAACACUCUCCUGGCAAACCACAUGCGAGCCAACGGGAAUCCCAACGCGUUUAGUCCUCUCGCUUCUGAUGACUCCGUCGAACGGCACCUCACGCAAGACAUUGGAGAUACCUCAUCAUCCUUGUCUCCAGGAAACAUUCCCAAGUCGCUGAACCUGUAUAGUGGAGAGUUGAGAUGGGUGGAUAGCUCUGAGGAGGAUGCUCAAUCACCCAAAUCUCAAGGAUACACGCCGACGUCUUCACAAUCUGCAAAUUCGUUUGCUCCCUCACAAGCUCAGAGAGGGCCCAAUGCACUUUCUGUCGACAAGGGAUUGCCAAUUAGCGUAGCUCUACCGAGCCCCAUCACAUUCUCGAAAUCCUACGUCUCAAGAUCCACGAAGAUUGUAGCACCAACCUCGCCAGAGACCAUAAACCCACGGCUGCUAAUGCAAGGAUCUCCCGAACGCACAUUCGUUCCGCAAUCACAAGCACCGUACUACAGCCAACCCCUCAGUCCAUAAUCAACGAACAGUCUACGUGCCACCACGUCCAUGUUUUCGCUCCACUCGCCGCUCCAAUUGAUGCCAUUUCUCUGCGGCGAUGUCGGUGCCGGCGACAACGUAUUGAAAGAUGCAUUUCUGUGAUGAAUAAACGAGGAUGCAGGCGGAGUGCGGGGUGAGCAGAUGCUCGAGGCUGGGCUGGUGAAUGAGACUGGAGAAGGUGUCCGGGGCGCAACACGGUUACUGAACGGAGGAAACAAGCUCGCUUCGGACCCAACGCGAGUUCGAGAUUGUUCACUCCGAAUCUCAGGAAAAGUUUUUCUGUUAUGACCCGGUCCCUCAAGACGGGAGGAGUUGGCUCGCCCAUCACCCUGGAUGCUUUGUUUCUUCUUCGUUCGCGAUGUAUGCUGUCCGUGGAUCGGCUGGCAACGGCGGAUGCAAGCAACGGAUGCGACGCAACGAGGGCCGAAAAUGAAGGGCCCGGAUUCACCAGUGUGGGAUCGAGCAGGACUGGUGCAUGUGUGGUUUCGUGGGACUGGACUCGGAGCAGCAACAAUGGCCGAGAGAUGGGAGGUGUUCUGGACGAGGAACCUCUGAUGGACGCCUGGGCGCUGCAGCGAGGGCUGUCUAAUGCGAUCACUUGCGGAGACGCCCCGAGGACGACCGCUUCACGAUUACGGUGUCUAGGCCGUUCCAUUCGAGGAGGAGCCGAGUCGUGGCUUGCUCGCCCGAGACACUGGGAUGCUCUCGGUCUCUCGAACGACGCCUCUGGGAAGUGAGGGGUCUCGCCCAGCAGAUUCCGGAUCUUCCGCGUCGAGCGGAUCAGACGCUGUUUUUCACCUGGAGAAAGAGCGUUGAGUGUGGGAGGUGGGCAGCUCGUCGACCUCUGAUGCGUCAGCGUCCUCGACAUUUGGUAGUGGUUUCCAACUUUGUCGUCGUUCUGGUCACCAGUCUAUAUACUGUAGCUUGGAGCCACUUUUUUUGGACAACGAGAACCGCCAAUUAAACCAAUCUCCCACUUGAAAUACGGAGUGUUGUUACCAUCUGUUCCUUAGGAGGGCCAUUGCCAAGGCACAAGACUCCGCCUGUCACACUGCGAGAUCAGGAUGCCCCAAGGAGAUGCAGCAACAGAAUACCCAGAUCUUGUGAUUAUAUUAUAUUAAUCGUGAAGUACUGGUAGCCACAUCUCUAAUGUAUAACAACAUCCCCAGUAUCCCCAAUCAGCGCCCGCUUCGGCCGACCAUCUUUAAAUUUGCCAAUAACCCGAGUCUGCAUGCUUCGCUGCGGGUUUUUUGCAGUUCCUCGUCCAAACUGUCAUCCAAAAACGCCAACGACAGCGUCGAGAUACGGUUGAUGAGCAACAGUCCCGACUUUCUGCGUAAAAAGGGGAGAACAGCAAAAUCAGAAAACGCGGCAUGCUGAGAUCCAACUAGCGGGGCGUUGAGUAAAGGGAUGUUCGGAACCAAGAAAGCGACAUGGAGACCCACCGAAUGUCAGGAUAUUUCGUCCUUCGGGUGCCCAUGCAGAAACAACAUCCACUAGGCGUGAGAAAUGGUCCUUCCAAAGCGUGAACACCUGUGAGUUCAUGACCACCAUCUUCUCCGGCGGUCGGCACGGAGUGGGUCCCGGCGUCGGUAGUGGCUCAAGCCAUGGGUCGUAGAGAAGAACGUGACUGAGAGGGAGCGGAGGGGUGCUCGGUGUAGGAGGCGGUGUUGAGAGAAUGGAAA